AUGACAUCGCCGACUUCCGAAUGGUCGCAGCUUGAGCAGAAACAAUUGGAGGCGGCUCUCCAACAGUAUCCUAAAGGAUGCGAAGAUCGAUGGGACAAAAUUGCGAGCGCCGUGCCGACAAAGUCGAAAGAACAGUGCCAACAACGAUUGAAAGAACUCGUCGAGUUGGUGAAGCGGAAAAAGGCAAGCGCGCAAGCCAAGGCUUAG